UCAUGACAGACAAAAGUAAACUAGAAGCGAAUGAAAAGAUUCAAACACAAAUUGAUGCUUCGAUUGGUAUUGCACGAUCCCUUAUUCAAUCUUGGUUACCACCACCUCAACUUGGAGAAAAGUUAGAAGAAGAUCAAGAUGAUCUGGACACAAUGGACAAAUAUGCUACAGGAAGACCUGAUAGGCUGGGUCUUGGGGCUAAAUUCCUUUCUCAUAAAGAUGCGAUGCGACAUAACCAAGAUGGAUCAUUACCUUCGAAACAAGAAAUACAGUUGAAAAACAAGAUUUUAAAUCAAAACAAAAGAGCUGAACGUGAUCCUGUUGGAAAACGAUCGCAUGCUUCAGACUCAGAAGAUGAAGAAGAAUCAAGAACAAAGCAACAACAACCAAAAAAGAAAUCAGCACCCGUCAAUAACAAAAAGAAAAAGAUUGGUCAACAAGGUGAUUUCCUGUCCAUGUAUUUAUCUGAGCGACAACAGAAAAAGAAAUCUAAAAAAUAAACACUUUAUACCCUUUUUCUUUCU